AUGAAGGUAUUCACUGCAGCUCUGCUUUUAAUCUUUUCGAUCAUGCUGCAUUAUUCCUGUGCUGUGAGUCCCGCAGACUGCAAUGCUAUUGAGCCCCUGGCUACGAAAGCAGUAGACCUGAUCAAUAUAGGACGUCGGAAUGGCUACCUUUUCCAGUUGCUACGGGUCGCUGAUGCCCACUUGAACAACCUGGAAUUUGCGACUGUCUAUUAUUUAGUGUUAGAUGUGAAAGAAUCUGACUGUCCGGCCCGAUCCGGGAAACAAUGGGAUGACUGUGAGCCAGCUGUUUCCAGACGUCCAUCUGAUCUAGUGAUUGGACAAUGUAAGGUAGUAGCUACCACACGUUUGAAUGAACCUCAAGAUCUUAGAGUGGAUGACUUUAAUUGCACCACAAGUUCUGUCUCUUCUGCACUGGCCAAUACUAAAGACAGCCCCGUACUCUUCGAUUACAUUGAGGAUACCGAGCUCUUCAGAAAACAGACAGACAAAGCCCUUGAGAAGUACAAAAAAGAGAAUGUUGACUUUGCCUCUUUCAGAGUGGACCAGGUGGAGAGAGUUGUGAGAGUGAGAGGAGAGGAAAGAACCAAUUACUAUGUGGACUUCUCUGUGAGGAACUGCUCCGCUUACCGUUUUCCCAGGCACUCUAAUGUCUUUGGAUUCUGCAGAGCAGAUUUGUCCUAUGAUGCAGGAACCUCUGACAUGGAAACGCCAGAAGACUUUGUCAUAAACUGUGAAGUCUUCAACCUUCAGGAACAUAGAAAUUUCAGUGAUGCGCCACCCCAUCUGGGCCAUCCCUUCCACUCUGGUGGGCAUGAGCAUUCUCCAUUUAAGCCCGGUGGAUCCAGAGAUUAUCACCAUCCUCACAAGCCACAUAAAUUUGGAUGCCCACCUCCUCUAGAAGAGAAAAGUCACCCAGGCAGACCAUUGUUUCAAGCAGGAGCUCCUCCACCAUUGCCCCCUCCAAGAUGUCAUCACCUCCAUUUUGGCACCAAUGAGACCCAUGUACCCCCUCAUAAUCAUAGUUCCAAUGAGCACCAUCCCCUUGGGCACCAUCCUUAUAAGCAUCAUCCCCAUGGACACCCUCCCCAUGGACACCCUCCCCAUGGACACCAUCCCCAUGGACACCCUCCUCAUGGACAUCAUCCCCAUGGACACCCUCCCCAUGGACCCCUCCCCAAGCAUCAUCCCCAUGGACCCCCUCCCCAUGGACACCCUCCCCAUGGACACCCUCCCCCUGGACCCCCUCCCCACGGCCACGAUUUCCAUGACUAUGGACCCUGUGACCCACUACCCCUUAGCCAAAGUCCCCCAGAUCACCAUCGUUGGGGCCAUGGCCCACCACCUAGGCACUCAGGAAAAAGAGGUCCAGGUAAAGGACACGGUCCCUUCAAGUGGAGACAUGUUAAAUAUAUCUACCGACUCCCGCCACUAAUGAAAGGCGAAGUUCUUCCUCUUCCUGAAGCCAAUUUUCCCAUCUUCUCAUUGCCAGACCGCAGGAAUCCUUUAAAGCCAGAAAUUCAGCCCUUCCCUCAAUCAGCCUCUGAAUCAUGUCCAGGGGUGUUCAACAGUGAGUUUCCACAACUCUCACAGUUUUUUGCAUAUACAUUUCUAAAAGAA